AUGGGUUUCCGUCUCUCAUUUUGCCUUAUAUUAUUAUUAAUGUUGAGUGAUCUCACUCUUGUGAGUAUCCGUGCUAGUGUCUACAGUCCUGCUGUGGUGUACGUACUGUUAGCAUUACAUGAGGCUGUACUUCUCACUCUCGCGUUACUUCUUGGCUCCUUUGUGGUCCAUACACGAUGGGCAUUAGUAGGACCUCUUCGUGAUGCUUUUCAUUUAUUACGGGUGAUCAUCCCAUUGUGGAUUCUACGAGUCGUGUUUACCUUUUUACCCACUUUGUAUAGAAUUGUGGUUUUACAAGAUCAACAAGAACAUCAUCAUCGUCGUGCCUGGUCGGAUGUGUGGUAUGGGGUUCUUUUUAGUCUUAAUAUUAUUAUUUUCAUAGCGUUUAGUUUGGCCCUUUUACAUGCUAUUUGCUUUCUUAGUGAGAAAACACUGUACACUCCCUAUGUGCACAGUCAUCCAUCUCGAAUUUCCUCUUCUUCUUCUCUUGUCGUUGGGGGAAGUGUUAGUGGUCCUUCGGAGCUUAACAGUAAUCCAUUAGAACGUCCUGUUUAUGAGGAUGCCGCCUCACAUCCAUGUGAUGUCUCUUCUUUGGCUUUUCUGCGAACAAGUCAUAAUUCAGAUCGACAGCGUUCUUUGAGUUUGGCAACACCGCAGGAAAGGCGGCGAUUGCGAUAUUAG